AUGAGUGCCUCCAAGGCGCAGUCUCAAAAGAUCUUUGAGAAACUGAAGCUAAAGCCCGCAAACAAGGUAUGCUUCGAUUGCAAUUCUAAGAACCCGACCUGGUCGUCGGUGCCUUUUGGGAUCUAUCUGUGCCUUGAUUGCUCCGCCCACCAUCGCAACCUCGGUGUUCACAUCUCCUUUGUUCGCUCGACGAAUCUCGAUCAGUGGCAAUGGGAACAACUGCGAGUGAUGAAGGUUGGCGGAAAUGAGUCUGCGACCAAGUAUUUCCAAUCACACGGAGGAUCCGCGGCCUUGGCCAGCAAGGACAGCAAGGUCAAGUAUACAUCCAAUGCGGCAGUCAAAUAUAAGGAGGAACUCAAGAGGCGAGCUGCGGCGGAUGCGCAACAGUACCCCGAAGAGGUUGUCAUUACCGAUAUUCCUGCUGGCACUCCGUCCGACGGCUCGGCCACCCCUGCCGGUGAAGACGAUGAUUUCUUCUCCUCCUGGGACAAGCCGUCAAUCAAGCGCCCCAGCAACCCUCCGUCUCGUACUGGAACGCCACCCGUCGUAAGCCGAACUGGUUCCCCCUUCCUGAACGCGGGCAAUGCGAACGGUUCGCGCUCGAAGUCGCCUCUAUCCGCGUCUGAGGAGAAGGCUGCCUCCCCUGCCCCGACCGCUAUUCGUCCUUCCUCUGCCACUCGGAAGACAACCGCCGCUAGCGGUGCUGCGAAGAAGAGCGUGCUGGGAGCCAAGAAGGUUCCUAAGCUCGGAGCGAAGAAGGUGACCGCUGCAGAUAUCGAUUUCGAGGAGGCUGAGCGUAAGGCCAAGGAGGAGGCAGAGCGCAUCGAGAAACUCGGAUACGACCCCGAAGCCGAGCAGGCUGAGGCUGAGGCGGCCAAGACCACUGCUUCUACCACCACAAUCACAUCUCCCACUCCCAUCAGCCCGAGCCGCGGCGGAUUCGGUGCUACCAGCAACGAGCGCAACUCGAACGAUGUCGAGCGAUUGGGUAUGGGUAUGGGAAGACUUGGGUUCGGUCAGGUGUCGAAGCCUCCCGCUCCUAAGAAGCUUGGCUUCGGCGCUGUUGCUCCUGCCAAGUCUGCUGCUGAAGAGGAGGAGCUUGCCCAGACAAGAACUCGAUUUGGCACCCAAAAGGGUAUCUCGUCCGAUGAGUUCUUCGGCCGUGAUCGCUUCGAUCCUGCUGCGCAGGCCGAAGCCAAGUCACGUCUCCAGAACUUCGAUGGCGCGACUUCGAUCUCUAGCAAUGCCUACUUCGGCCGGCCCGAGGAUGACGUUUCAGCGAUGGAUGACGGCUACGGAGAUAUGGAGGCUGCCGCCAAGGACUUUGUCCGCCGCUUCGGUAUCACCGCUGGUGACGAUAUUGAGAACUUGUCUCAUCUUGUCGGUGAAGGAGCCACGAAGCUACAAGGUGCUAUCCGCAACUACCUGAACAACUAA